AUGGCAUCUGUCAUUACUGAGGAGGCAGAACGAACAAAAAUGGAAAAAGCUCCCAGUUCCAAUAAGACUGUAAGGUUCCAGCUUCCUCCAGAGACAAUAACAACUUCGAAUGCAGAUGCCUCACAGGUUCCAUUUUUUGAAAUUGACAGCAUUGGAGAGUGCUGUGUCAGCAACUUUAAGAAUAUCUGUGCCUCUGAAACCUGGAUUGACAUCACAGAGGAUAUGUUGAUUCAGAAAAAAAUACUGAGGGAAGGCUUCGGAGAUGCUUCCAGACCUUUCAUGGGUCAAGAGGUCACAAUGAAGCUGCAAGGAUUGCUGGAGGACGGAACCAUAGUAGACAGGGAUCCAAAGCUUACGUUUGUUAUUGGAGAUGGGGACGUCAUUCAGGCUCUUGAACUCUGUGCGUAUUCAAUGGAAUUGAAUGAAAUCGCUCUUGUGAUCUCUGAUGGAAAAUAUGCAUAUGGUCAUCUUGGGAGGGCUCCUGAUAUCCGGGCAGAUGCCACAGUCGUAUAUGAAGUGCAGCUUCUGAAAGUCAGAAAUGCUCCUGACCUUACGACACUCUCAGCUCCCGACCGCAUUCGAAGAUGCAAGCAGAAACGGGAACGUGGAAAUUAUUACUUCCAAAGAGAAGAUUAUCACAAUGCUGUCAGAUUAUACAACCAGGCACUGGAGCUCCUCAAUAUUUCCUCAGAAAUUAAUCCCACUGCUGAAGAAGCAGAGGAGCUGCGGGAAGAUGGACUGAAAUGUCUUAACAACUUGGCAGCUGUGCAGCUGAAGUUGGAGAUGCACGAAGAAGUCAUUACUUCAUGUAACGCUGUGCUGUCACUGGACCCAAACAAUGUGAAAGCUUUAUUCAGGAAGGGAAAGUUGCUAUCAGAAAAAGAAAACUACGAAGAAGCUAUGGAAACACUCAAAAAAGCAUUGAAGAUCGAGCCAAGCAUGAAGGCCAUUCAUGUGGAACUCUCCAAUCUAGUCAGGAAGCAGACCGGGCAACUAGACAUCUCUAAACCCAAACGCAAAGUGUGGCAGGCACUUAGGAAGAACCUUGUACCAUUUCUUUCCUCUCCACGGAAAUCAGGAUGGGAUAUUCCAUGGAAAUGGCUUUUUGGAGCUGCGGUGGUGGCUGUUGGCAGUGUGGUGACUACCGUUGUUAUGGCAGCACGAAACUAAUUUCAGUUUCCUCGAGGUCCACAGACAAUAAUGUAGCAACGUACCCAAUUCUGGAAAGUAUUGUCAUGGAAGUAUUAAUGUGCAUAUUCUCUUGACUGUUGAAAUGAUAUGCAAAGGUCCUACAGUUAGAGGCUCAGAAACAUCACACUUUAAAAUAUCAAAGUUUAACAUACAAAGUUAAAGCCUCAAUGAGAAGCGACUCCAUUAGGGAUUUAUUAGAAGCUUUUGAGCAGUUCCUUUAUUUCACAGAGGCCAAUCCUGACUGUUUUUUAUACAAAAUUACUUUGAAGUACUCCGCACACAGACCCCCUCACACACACACACAC